AUGUACGCCGUCAUCGAGACACCCGAACUUCUCGAAAACAUCCUCUACCGCCUCGAUGCCAAGACUCUCCUCCUCAGCCAGCGGGUCAACAAGCAGUUCCAAGGCACUAUCGGCGGCUCGAGUCUCCUGCAGCAGGCUCUGUUCUUCAAGCUCGCCACCGCCAACGGCGAGCGCUUCGGGACCGACGGGAUCAACGACUUCUUUACGAGACGCGGGACUCAGCUUCAAAAGGCCGAGUUCACGUGGUACCACCACAACUCCAUCCCAGUCCACUUUGCCAAAUCCCACGGCAAGCCCGUUAAUCAUCGGUCAUACCUUGACAUUCACUGUGCGCCUAGGGGUUUCAUUGACGAUCAGCUACACACCGAGCACGCUAUUGCAUAUGUGGUCGAGUUUUGUCUCUUGAGACCGAAGAAGAACAUCAGCACUGGUCACGAGAGCUGGAGGCGUAUGUACGUCAUGCAGGGCGGGUUGUAUGGCGCCAUGGAGAAGAAGCUCGUGCGGAGGGAUUUCAAGGUCAAUGGCGCUAUGAGUGGUGGUAUAGAGCUCAUGAAUACUACUCGGAGAGAGGAGCUGAGGGAGGGCCAGAUGAUGACGGCUGCAGAGAUGUUUGACGCGGUUCGGCUGCGCUGA